UGUCGUUAUCGUUAUGCGAGAAUAUCAAAUGUCAAAAUGGUUCAAAGUUUAAAUUUCAGCGGAAUUUUUGGUAUCUUUAAUGUAUUUAGGAAACCACAAUUGGCUGUUCCACAUAUUAUAGUUGAUGAUAUUCGUGACAUAAAAUUCGAAUUAUUAAAAAGAAAAGGCAUAAAAGCAUUGGCCUUUGAUAAAGAUAAUACCCUUACAGCUCCAUAUUCAAAUGAACUAUAUCCACAAUUUAAUAAUGCAUGGCAAGAAUGUAAAAAACAAUUUGGAAGUGAAAACAUUAUUAUUAUAUCAAAUUCUGCUGGAACGGCUGAUGAUCCAGACUUUCAACAGGCCAAAAAGACAGAAGAUAAUCUGGGUGUACCAGUUUUGAGACAUAAAUUAAAGAAACCAGAUGGAGGGCCUGAACUUAUUUCUCACUUUGCGCAUUAUCCUCCUGAAAAGAUUGUGGUGAUUGGGGAUCGUUUACUGACUGAUGUCGU